AAGGUUGAUAUGAAUUUAUACCCAUGGAUUAUAGAGGGGUACAAUAUUCAGAAAGGAAUCAAAUACGCUAUUGAAAAUUCACAGGAUAUUGGGUUAUUAGAGUAUGAUGAACCUCUCCUGUCAUCAAUUAUUGAUGUUAGUGAUCCACCACAUUGGCUUAAAAAAUCAUUCACAGACGAAAUUUGCAGACCCAACAAAGGAACAUGGGAAAAUGAAGGUUUACUAAUGCCUCUUAAGAUUGCAUCAAGAGUUCUCAAAGAUGUCAGACUUCUUGGACCAGAGAAAGAAAGUGCUUCAUCAAAAUAUCGACAUAAUAAUCCUAAUUCAUCAUCAUCUGACGAAUCUGACAAAGAUAAAGAAAACAAAAAAAUAUGUUAUGAAUAUCUCAUAGGUGAAGUUGCUGGAAACCCAUGGGAUGAGUGCAUUGACAAAACUAGAUUCUUCCUUCGGUUAUAUGUACUUGAUAAGCCAUGUUAUGGUUUAUAUAGAGUAAAAGAAGUAGAAAGAAUACAGCUUCCAGUUAAGGAAGAGAAUGAUGAGAAAAUCAUAGAAGUGUUCGAAAAUAUUAUU